GGCUCCAUUCCCCACCCAGGACAAUGGAAACCCCCGUCCUCCUCCGUCCGGAGAACAAUAGCGAGCCCCCUCCUCACCCCCUCGGGAGCCGUGAUCCCCCUUUCUCCUCCCCAGAGCCUCUGAGCCCCCCCUCCUGCUGGGAACAACGGGGACCCCCUUUUCCCCCGGGACAGCCGUGCCCCCCCCGGCCCAGAGAACAAUGAAUUCCCUUUUCCCCUCCCAGAACAAUAGGGAGCUCUCUCCCAUAUGGAGAACAAUGAAUCCCUCUACACCCCCCCCAGAAUAAUACCCCCCCGGGGGGGCUCCUCACUGGUGCCCAUUGGGGGUCCCACCCAGCAGUGGCAGGUCCAGGAGGUGCCACCUGUGGGCAGCCUCAGCCCCACAGGAAUCGGGGUCCCCCCGUUGCCAUGGUGGGGGGCACAAUGACCCGGGAGGGUCCCCCUGUCCCUGCAGAGCCCUAAACCCCAAUUAGCCACCGUCCCACCCGUCGCCUCGUUUGCUUCCCUGCGGCCCGAGCGAGAUCCCAUUCCCUGCAGCAGGAAGUUUGGCUUCCUCCCUAUGAUGGGAAUUUCUCAAGGCGAUGGAUGUUUGCUCCGAUGCGCAAACGGGUCCCACCGAGGGAAGCCACCGCUCGGCAGCUCCGGUGGCACCGCCACCGGCCCCACAGCCCCUGCCCCCUGCGUGGCGUCCAUGGGGAAGCCUCACAGAGCGUUCAGUGGGGCAGGAACGGCACAAGUGUGGGAUAGGGGAGGAAAAACGCUCCAGAAAUCCCUUUAGGAGCCAUUAUCGGCAGCUUCCAAACCCGGGCGGGUUCUGGUGCUGAGCGGUGCCCAUCCCGGUGCCUUCCUGCUGGCCAGAGGGGUUGAUCCCACCCAGGACAAUGUGGGGCAGUGCCUGGACCCCUGCUGGGGCUGACCCCGCUCCUCUCACCUCGCCCUGGUGUGGGGUCCCUCUCACAGCCUCCCAGGACCCCCAUUUUACCCCCCAUCGGGGUCCGGUGCUGCCGGCCGGGUUAAGUCCUCACCCCAUGGCCCCUCGACGUGCGGCACAGGGGGAUGGCGAAGCCAAAUCUCCUUUUAGAGAGCGAAGGCUUCCCCUCGGCUCGGCCGCGCUCAUUGGAAUGCUGGGGCUUUUUAUAAACCCCUCCUCGAGCUGCGGGAUGGGCACCACAAACAGCACUGGGAGAAGGGGAAAAGAGAGUGGGAGAGAGGGAUAAAGCAUUCCCAAGCGGCCGUGAGCCUCCUCGCUUGAGCUAUCGAAGGGCUCUCAGUGGAUGGGUAUGCUCUGGAUGGGUAUGCUUGUCUCAAUUGGCUUUCCCUGCAGGAUUCGGGGCUGCCCACGUUUCCUUUUGUUCUUUAGGACAAUUAUCCCUGGUUUCCCCCUAACCCCCUGCACGUCUCCAUAAAGCUCUUUGGAACCGCGUGAGCUCUGACACUUAUCCGAGGGGGUUUUGCCUUUUUCUCUCCCAACUCCUUCAAACCCCAGUAUCAAACCCAAAUGAAAUCCGGCCCUUAGAAGAAAGGGCAUAAACGUUCCCGACACCUUGGAAAUGUGGUUUUACUUUAUGGCAUUACUUAGCACCUGAUCAGCGUUUUUGUUGGUGCAAUAGGAAAGCCAUAAAAGCCCCGAGCAGGUAUUUUCCCUGCGACUCGCACAUUCCAUAGCCUGCCUGCGUCUCUCUGGCCCUUUCCUCUCGCUUGGAAAACUUCACACUUUUCCCUUUUAAAACACAUGUUCGGGGAAAGAAAUGCGAGGGGGGGGGGGGAAAAAGGGGGAAAAAAGGCAAAAAUUGGCUCAUUUGGAGGCUCCCGCUCGGAGGAGAGAAAAUCAAGGGGAAAAAUAGAGGAAUUGGGAUAAAAUCGACUUCUCGGCAGGGUCCUGCUCGGAGGACGGGAAACGUGUCUGGUUUACGGCGCUCGUGGCUGUUUCUGGGGCUGUUUAGAUUAAGAUUUAGGAGAAUUAGGGCCCGAGCAGCGGGUGUGCAAUCGGCAGAGCUGGAGCAGCCCCGGCUAAUGGAGGAGCUGGUGCAUGGUUGGGAUGCGUGUGUUGGAGGCCUCAUUGGUGAUCCAGGGGUUGGAUCCCCCCCGGGAAGGGUUUGCUUUGCUGGGGGGGGUGGGAUGGAUCCGUGCCAUGGCCGUGGGUUCUUGCCAUCACCCAUGGAUGUAACCCCGGGGCUCCAUCACCACCGUGUCCCAGAUGCUCUCACACCCACGGCAGCAGCAUUCCCGGGGCACCGGCAGGACCCGCGGGUGGAUCUGCAGGGAAAGGAGGAUCUGGAGCAUUAAUGGUGCCGAGGUGGGAGCCGGGCGGGCGCUGAAAGCCGAGCGGGGCCCCGGAGGUCGGAGGGGAUGAGGAGGUCGCGGCACUUUCCGGGAGACCCCGCUGUGAUCUCCCCCCAGGACCCCACACUGCUCAUCGGCUCCUCACUGGUGGCCACAUGCACGGUCAGCCCAGACUUCCACCUGGGAGCCGAGGACCUGUACUGGACACUCAAUGGCCGGCGCCUGCCCGCAGCCUCCUAUGCCACGCUCGGCCCCACCACGCUCAGCGUGGCCCUCGCCCACCUCAAUGGCUCCAAGCAGCAGUCGGGGGACAACCUGGUUUGCCACAGCAGAGACGGUGGCAUCUUGGCCGGCUCCUGCCUUUACGUUGGACUACCCCCAGAGAAACCAGUCAACAUCUCGUGCUGGUCCAAAAACAUGAAGGACCUCACCUGCAAGUGGGCGCCGGGGACUGAAGGGGAGACCUUCUUGCACACCAACUACACCCUCAAGUACAAGCUCAGGUGGUACGGCCGAGACAACACGUGCCAGGAGUACCACACAGCCGGGCCCUAUUCCUGCCACAUCCCCAAGGACCUGGCCCUCUUCACGCCCUAUGAGAUCUGGGUGGAGGCAUCCAACCGGCUGGGGGUGGCCGUCUCCGACGUCGUCAUGUUGGACAUCCUCGACGUGGUCACCACCGACCCACCGCCGGACGUGCACGUCAGCCGCGUGGGGGACCUGGAGGACCAGCUCAGCGUGCGCUGGAGCUCCCCACCGGCACUCAAGGAUUUCCUCUUCCAAGCCAAGUACCAGAUCCAGUACCGGGUGGAGGACAGCUCGGAGUGGAAGGUGGUGGAUGAUGUGGGCAACCAGACCUCGUGCCGCUUGGCCGGCCUCCGUCCCGGCACCGUCUACUUCGUCCAGGUUCGCUGCAAUCCCUUCGGCAUCUACGGCUCCAAGAAAGCCGGAAUCUGGAGCGACUGGAGCAUCCCCACUGCCGCCUCCACCCCGCGCAGUGAGCGAGCGGCCGGGGGCUGCGACCCCAAAGGUGGGGAGCAGAACACGACGCUGCGCCGGGAGCUGAAGCAGUUCUUUGGCUGGGUGAAGAAGCACGCCUAUGGCUGCUCCAACCUCGGCAUCAAGCUCUACGACCAGUGGCGCGUGUGGCUGCAGAAAUCGCACAAAGCACGCAACCAGGUGCUUCCCGGAGAUAAGCUGUAGCCCACGGGGGCCCGAGCGCCGGCAGCACCACCCGGGGCGCCCGGUGCCCACCCGGGGCCACCCGCGGCCCCCCCGGCGCGGGGCAGGAAGGAGGCCGGGGCGAAGCGCGGCUCCGGGAUGGGGGCAACGGGGGGGACCGGGCUGGGGCAGCCCCGGCAGCCCCUCCUCAUGGGCUGUGGGGCCGGUGCCCCCCGUGCCCCACGGUGAGGGGAACCCACAGCCCUGCCCGGCCGGGGGGGGCACGGAGGCUCUGCUCCAUAGCCACCAGCCGGAGCAGCCUCUGGGAUGAAAGGGGCAGGGGGGGCUCCUGGGUGUCCCCCACCCUCGGUGCAGCCCCCCCCAGCCCUGGGAGGGGAUUUGGGCUCUUUUCUCCCCAGUGACCCACGUGCGAGCGCAUGGGGGGGUCCCGGCCCUGGGGAGCCCCAUGGGCUGGGUUGAGGCUGCUGGGGUUUGCCCAGUGCCUGCUCCAAUGUUGAUUCAAACCAGCCUUAUUUUGGUUCCAUUUCAGUCAAUUAGGAACAGAUUUAAGCUUAAUGCCAAUAAACCUCUGAAACCCCA